UUUAUACGUAAAAUUGCAAGUAGAAUAAAUCGCCAUCAACAAACAAAAAAACUUAAUAGAAUAUUCGUUGCAUAUUACAAAUCAUUGAUGCACUAAUAUUGGUAUCAGUAAUCGAUUUCUUUUAUAUUAUUAUGUACAAAAGUGUGAACGGGAUUCGAUAGUCCACAUCGAUGAUUAGCUAAUUUAAUAUUAAUAAUUGUCUCAUUGGUGGUCCAGCGGAAAAAUUUUAGGCAUCGGUCGAUGUGAGUGAAUGUAUGCUAUUGUAUCGUGCGCUAAUGGGAUCUACUCCUAAAGAUAAGAUGUUAUCAAAAAGUGAAUACUUUAUAAGAUAUUUCAUGUUUUUCUCUCCCUCUCUCCCUCCCUCCCCCCCCUCUCUCUCUCUCUCUCUUUCACUCUCAUACUGAAAAAAUAUCAGAGUAAAAUGUGAAAUAACUCAAAAAGUAUUUAUUUUUUGAAGAUCUUACUCUAAUACUUUUAUAUGAAGAAUGAACAAAGUAAUUGAUUUGUAUCAGAAAACUAUAUAAUUUUAUUAAAAAAAAUUAAGUUUAUUUUUAUUUCACUUUGACACUCCAUUCGAUGGUCAAACACUAUAAUACGCUCUCUUUAAAAACCUACAGUUAUGUCUAAAACACUUUUUUUCAUUUUCUUUAUUUCUUUUUUAUAUUUAGACGUCUCAAUAUAAAUGCUCCACCUUGCAUAACUGUAUCAAUCAGACCAUUUCGGUGCAUUUCAGCAUGUACUUUAACAUAAAAUUUUACCAUAUUUUUUCAUAUUUCUAGUCUUUACUUUUGUAUUUAAAUAUAAAAAUUUAUUAAUUUAUCAAUUUCCUUUUUUUUAUUAAUUUAUUAAUUUCCUUUUCUUUCAGUCUGUAUUGCGUAAAUGGCGAAAACUACAUCUUUCUAAUUACCACAAACAAUACUUUCAAUGACUAUGACAUUGCCUUUGCUACCACCAGAUAUGUUUCAAGAAGCUUUAUUAAUAAUACAAGCUGAAGCUGAUCUAAUUGCGAAUUGUUAUCCAAAUAUUUUACAAUUCAUGUCCUAUUUAAGACUUACUUGGUACUAAAUAUGGCAACAAAAAUUAGUAUCUAUCGUUGUCCUGUACAUACUAACAACAUAGUGGAAAGUUUCCAUAAUAUUGCAGUGCAGAAACUAGGAACGAGGAAUAUUAACGUUUGGACGUUUUUAAAUAAAUUAUCGAAUUUAAUUACUGAUCAAGAACUAGAUUUACGCCGCUUAAAAAAUGGUGUUAGACCUCGACGACCUCGCACAAGAACAAAUAAAGAAUUAGAUACUAAAAUUAUUAAUGCGCAAGAGGAUCUAGUUAAUCAAAGGUUGUCACUGAGAGAGUUUUUAUUAACGUUUACCACAAACAUUAAUAUCUGUUCUAUGAAACAAAUGCUAUCAUUUGAAGGUAAAUAUACCAGGUCUGUAAAUAUGAAACCGGAAUUUACCCAUAGAUGGCCCUAGCUGUCAAUGUAGUUACCGUCAAACCGCGUCAUUGGCGCCAUUUCCUUGUUGACAUCUCUGACAAAGA